UAAGCCAUAGGAAGCAUGUUCAACAGAAUUGCAAAAACGAGUGACACCAUGAAUAAGCUGCUGGUCAUUACUGUGCUGGUUGCACUCCUCGCUCUUAGCGCUGAAAGCUUCCGUGUGGCAAGGCAGGUUGAGGAGGAGCAAGGGACCUUGACAAAGGUUACAGACACUGUCAAGUCCUACUAUAACAGCGCUGUCAACACUGCCAGUGAAUACAUUGAGGGCAUCAAGGGCAUGAAGCUGGAGGAGAAGGCAAUGAAUCUUUACUCUGAAACUACCACAGUCAUUAGCACCUACAGCGGCAUUCUACAGGACCAGCUUUACCACAUGAUUUACCAGCAGUAAACAAAAACUGAUUUCUAGUCACCUGAGCAACAUUUUCUGACAGCUUGAGAACUUUGAAGCUCCACACGAAACGUCAUUUGACCAUCUGAACUCUGUUGUAUAUCGUGUCACCAAAGCCUCAAAAUCUACAAACGUCUUCACAAAUGAUGGACCCCCUGCUCUUUGGCUACUGCACUGACAGUAAAAGAUGAUAACCACCAAGCGGGGACUGCAGUUAUUUUAAAAAACAACAGCUAACAGCUUGUACAAAUGAACAGGACAGAGCAACUUGGCGAGCACAGGAGGAAGAGCACAUGGCACCUUAUCAUGUACAAACAAAUUUCUUCCCAAGUCUCAGAGUUGAGAAAAAACAGAUAUGAAAAUAAUAAUAUAAUAAUCUAUUGCCACCUUCUGGUGCUUUCUGUCACCCCACCUCUUAAAUAUUUGUCAUAUCUUGAAAU